AGAGAAUAUAUAAUUGGAAAUUCAACUGCUCUCUUUCUCAUUAGGGCUUGACUCAUUGAGCUAACACACUAAAUCAAGCAAACCCACAUCUCUUCAUUUAACCACUGUAUCUUCUCCAUGUAAUCACAUAUCUUCUUCCUUUUCAUCUUUCUUUUUUUCAAUCAAAACCACACCACCAAACCCUCUUCCAAUUCUCAUUAUCUUUGACCAGUGUUGUAUCUCCACUCUCAUUAUUUAUUAUCCUUUUCUUGUUCAUAUUUCCAUGUUCUUUUUCUUUGACCUUCUCCUCCUUCAUUUAAUACAGCCUCAAUAGCACAGUUCCAGUUGUAGCUAUUAGAUGGAUAAUGUUAUGCAUCAUUUAUGGCCUUUGUUGCACUUGACAGACAGACAGAAGAAGAAAAUGUGCUAGGCAGCCUGAUCUCUGUUAUCUCACGCUCUCUUAUGUCUCUAUAUUGUCACCCUUUUUAAUAAGGCCCACUUUAAUGUUUUACAUACUCUGCAAGUACCAACUUCCCAACACAUAUCAUCACCAUCAAUUUCUGCUUACACUUCCAGGUUCCAUAUUUACCUCCAUGCAUUCCCUCUCUUUGAUCAAACCCCACCACCCUUUUCCCUAUUUAAUGCCCUAAAACAUGACCAAACUUGCCAAUCCAUGCAAUCCACCGCCAUGAACUCUUUAUAUCUCUAUGUUUUUAUAGACCUUUUUUGACUUCUUUCUUCGCUCAUUCAAGGUUUAGAGAUAUGGCCUUGGCAAAAGAGGUGCUGGCGGUGUUUCUUGUUCUUUUACUGUCUUUUCUUUUUGGUUUUGUUGUGUGUCAAACCCAUGAUUUAUCAGUUCUUUUAGAGGUAAAGAAAUCAUUUAUCGAUGACCCAGAAAAUAUUCUGCAUGAUUGGAAUGAGAGCAAUCCAAAUUUUUGUACAUGGAGGGGAGUUACUUGUGGGUUGAACUCGGGUGAUGGGUCAGUUCAUUUAGUGAGUCUAAACCUGUCCGACUCGUCAUUAUCUGGUUCAGUAUCACCCUUUUUGGGUCGAUUACACAACCUAAUCCACCUUGAUCUUUCUUCUAAUAGUCUCACGGGUCCCAUUCCAACUACCCUUUCAAACCUUUCUUUAUUGGAAUCUUUACUCUUGUUCUCUAACGAACUCACUGGUUCCAUUCCGACUCAGCUCGGUUCCCUCGCGAGUCUCCGGGUCAUGAGAAUCGGUGAUAACGCACUCACUGGCCCUAUCCCUGCCUCCUUUGCUAAUCUUGCCCACCUAGUCACUCUUGGUCUGGCCUCAUGCAGUCUCACAGGUCCAAUACCACCCCAACUCGGAAGACUCGGCCGAGUCGAGAAUUUGAUUCUGCAACAGAACCAGCUGGAGGGACCCAUUCCUGCAGAGCUAGGGAACUGUUCAAGCCUAACUGUCUUCACUGCUGCUGUCAACAAUCUAAAUGGAUCAAUACCAGGUGAAUUGGGUCGCUUGCAAAAUCUCCAAAUUCUAAACCUGGCCAACAACAGUCUUUCUGGGUACAUUCCGAGUCAAGUCAGUGAAAUGACUCAACUCAUUUAUAUGAAUUUGUUGGGGAAUCAGAUUGAAGGUCCAAUCCCGGGGUCAUUAGCCAAACUGGCUAAUCUCCAGAAUCUCGACUUGUCAAUGAACAGGCUUGCAGGAAGCAUUCCGGAGGAGUUUGGCAACAUGGAUCAACUUGUUUACUUGGUUUUGUCGAACAACAAUCUUUCUGGUGUUAUACCAAGAAGCAUAUGUUCAAAUGCUACUAAUUUGGUGAGCUUGAUUCUGUCAGAGACUCAACUUUCUGGCCCAAUUCCGAAGGAACUCAGACAGUGUCCAUCAUUGCAACAGCUUGACUUGUCCAACAACACACUUAAUGGAUCGUUACCAAAUGAGAUUUUUGAGAUGACUCAACUAACUCAUCUCUAUCUCCAUAACAACAGUUUGGUUGGUUCUAUACCUCCCCUAAUAGCAAAUCUCAGCAACCUGAAGGAGCUUGCAUUAUAUCACAACAAUUUGCAAGGCAACCUGCCAAAAGAGAUUGGCAUGCUUGGCAACCUUGAGAUAUUGUAUCUUUAUGACAAUCAGUUUUCUGGGGAGAUUCCUAUGGAGAUCGUCAAUUGUUCAAGCCUGCAAAUGGUUGACUUCUUCGGAAAUCAUUUUAGUGGGGAGAUACCCUUUGCAAUUGGAAGGCUGAAGGGACUGAAUCUACUUCACUUGAGGCAAAAUGAGCUUGUGGGUGAGAUUCCUGCCAGUUUGGGUAACUGUCAUCAACUAACUAUUCUAGACUUGGCAGACAAUCAUCUCUCAGGUGGCAUUCCAGCAACUUUUGGAUUCCUCCAAUCUUUGGAACAGUUGAUGCUUUAUAACAACUCUCUUGAAGGUAACAUUCCUGAUUCACUUACCAACUUAAGAAACCUGACAAGAAUCAAUCUGUCCAGGAAUAGAUUGAAUGGCAGUAUUGCUGCACUUUGUAGCUCGAGUUCUUUCCUUUCUUUUGAUGUAACAGACAAUGCAUUUGACCAAGAGAUUCCUCCACAGUUAGGGAAUUCACCUUCUCUUGAAAGGCUGAGAUUAGGGAACAACAAAUUUACUGGUAAGAUCCCGUGGGCACUGGGCAAAAUUCGCCAGUUAUCGUUGUUGGACCUGUCAGGCAAUAUGCUAACUGGUCCUAUACCAGCAGAGCUUAUGUUGUGUAAAAGAUUGACCCAUAUUGAUCUGAACAACAACCUCCUUUCUGGGCCUAUACCAUUGUGGCUUGGCAGGCUGUCACAACUAGGAGAGCUGAAGCUCUCCUCUAAUCAAUUUCUUGGAUCACUUCCUCCACAGUUAUGCAAUUGUUCCAAAUUACUGGUGCUUUCUCUUGAUAGAAAUUCACUCAAUGGAACCCUUCCUGUUGAGAUUGGUAAGUUGGAAUCCCUUAAUGUUCUCAACCUCGAGCGCAACCAAUUAUCAGGGCCAAUUCCUCAUGAUGUUGGUAAGCUAAGCAAGCUCUAUGAACUUAGGCUGUCAGAUAACAGUUUCAGCAGCGAAAUACCAUUUGAGCUUGGACAACUGCAGAAUCUCCAAAGCAUGUUGAACCUCAGCUACAAUAAUCUCACUGGUCCAAUCCCAUCUUCCAUUGGAACACUGUCCAAACUUGAAGCUCUUGAUCUAUCACACAAUCAACUUGAGGGAGAAGUCCCCCCUCAGGUUGGGUCAAUGAGCAGUCUGGGCAAGCUUAAUUUAUCCUACAACAAUCUUCAAGGAAAAUUAGGCAAGCAAUUCUUGCACUGGCCAGCUGAUGCAUUUGAAGGGAAUCUGAAGCUCUGUGGAAGCCCACUUGAUAACUGCAAUGGAUAUGGUUCUGAAAAUAAACGGUCUGGUUUAAGUGAAUCGAUGGUGGUGGCAGUCUCAGCAGUUACAACCUUAGUUGCACUUAGUCUUCUGGCAGCUGUGCUUGCUCUCUUCCUCAAACACAAGCGAGAAGCUCUUAAAAGAGAAAAUGAACUGAACUUGAUUUACUCUUCCAGUUCUUCCAAAGCACAGCGCAAGCCGCUGUUCCAGAAUGGUGUUGCCAAGAAGGAUUUCAGAUGGGAAGACAUCAUGAAAGCCACGGACAAUUUAAGCGAUGCGUUCAUCAUCGGCUCAGGAGGGUCUGGAACAAUCUACAGAGCUGAACUGCACACAGGAGAAACAGUAGCAGUUAAAAGGAUUCUAUGGAAAGAUGAUUAUCUGCUCAACAAAAGCUUCACAAGGGAAGUGAAGACACUUGGGAGGAUCAGGCACAGGCAUCUGGUUAAGUUGCUGGGAUACUGUACCAACAGAGGAGCAGGUUCCAAUCUGUUGAUUUAUGAGUAUAUGGAGAAUGGAAGUGUGUGGGAUUGGCUGCAUCAAAAACCAGUAAACAGCAAAAUGAAGAAGAGCUUGGAAUGGGAAGCAAGGUUAAAAAUAGCUGUGGGAUUAGCUCAGGGAGUGGAGUACCUCCACCAUGAUUGUGUGCCAAUGCUAAUCCAUAGAGAUAUCAAAUCAAGCAAUGUGUUACUGGAUUCCAAUAUGGAGGCACAUCUGGGGGAUUUUGGACUCGCCAAGGCAAUGGUGGAGGACUUCGAAUCCAACACCGAAUCGAAUUCAUGGUUUGCCGGCUCUUAUGGCUACAUUGCCCCAGAGUAUGCAUACUCAUUUAAGGCAACAGAGAAAAGCGAUGUUUAUAGCAUGGGAAUAGUGCUGAUGGAACUCGUAACCGGAAAAAUGCCAACUGAUGCAUUUUUCGGUGUUAAUAUGGACAUGGUAAGAUGGGUAGAGAAGCAUAUUGAAAUGCAAGGAUCUGGACAUGAAGAGUUAAUAGAUCCUGAACUGAGACCGCUAUUGCCUGGUGAAGAAUCUGCAGCAUAUCAGGUACUUGAAAUUGCACUCCAGUGCACCAAAACCAGCCCACCAGAAAGGCCCUCAUCCCGUCAAGCCUGUGAUCUUCUCUUACAUUUGUUUCACAACAGGAUGGUGGAUUCCGAGGAGAUGAACCUUGACCCUAAGAAAUAUUAAUGACUUGUCAUUUUUAAGGGGUGAAUCACUUUUCCUGUACAAUGCAAAAUAAAAGGGAGCAUCACUUUUCCUUUUGUAAAUCUUAUGCUAACUUCCGGCUGUUAUUUUAAUUAUUGCACCAUUUUCAUGUAUUCUACUCUUUCAAGCAGAGUGAAAAAAUUAUUCUAUUUAUUGGACCAUCAUAUUGCGCCACCUAUUUCAUGCAUUGUACAGGACCGUUGCAUCAGUAUGUUUCAUAAGAUUAUCUCAUAAACACACUUUUCUAAAGUAAGAAAAUUUUCAAUCAUUUACCGAAUUCCACUGCACCAGCGUUUUGAUAAUCAUGAACAUAGGUCCCAAAAUGGCCUGGUUUUUAAAUGUGCUCCAGAACCAACCCCUAAAAAAAAUUCAGCGCAAAGCACGAUUCUGGUAAAACUGGGUUUUGCAGCAAAGAAAAUUUGCAAUUGCUUCAAAUUAUUUUCUGAGAUGCAACUUCACCCAAUUGUGUCGGCAAGCUCUAACAAUCUUACAAGCAGAGAAACAGACAACAAAAAACCAAUCAAAUGUACACAGCCCAUGAUAAAUACUACUCAGAGGCCAAAUUUAUCUGGAAACAUGAGAAGAUGCCAAAGUCUGUCAACCAAUGGCGCUAAUUAUCGUCUUCAUC